AAAAUGCGAAUCACCCAGACGUGGAUCUCCGCCCCAGAAAACUUGUUCUCUGAAUCUUUUUCUACGUUUGGUGCUUUUUUCUCAGCAGUUUCUAUCUUCUUCUUCGAAAAUGAGAGAAUGCAUCUCCAUUCACAUUGGUCAAGCCGGCAUUCAGGUCGGAAAUGCUUGCUGGGAGCUUUAUUGCCUUGAGCACGGCAUUCAGGCUGAUGGCAUGAUGCCAAGUGAUAAGACUCCUGGUGGAGGUGAUGAUGCUUUCAACACCUUCUUCAGUGAAACCGGAGCUGGAAAGCAUGUACCCCGUGCAGUUUUUGUGGAUCUUGAGCCAACUGUCAUCGAUGAAGUGAGGACUGGAACAUACCGCCAGCUAUUCCAUCCGGAACAACUUAUCAGUGGCAAAGAGGAUGCAGCAAAUAACUUUGCUCGCGGCCAUUAUACCAUUGGGAAAGAGAUAGUUGAUCUUUGCUUGGAUCGCAUCAGAAAACUCGCAGACAACUGCACCGGUCUCCAGGGUUUUCUGGUUUUCAAUGCUGUGGGGGGUGGCACUGGUUCAGGUCUCGGUUCCCUGCUUCUUGAGCGUCUUUCAGUGGAUUAUGGCAAGAAGUCGAAACUCGGUUUCACCGUCUAUCCUUCACCACAAGUUUCAACCUCUGUUGUGGAGCCUUACAACAGUGUCCUCUCCACUCAUUCCCUCCUGGAGCAUACCGAUGUUGCUGUUCUGCUUGACAACGAAGCAAUAUAUGACAUAUGCAGGCGUGCGCUUGACAUUGAGCGACCAACCUACACCAACCUUAAUCGCCUAGUAUCUCAAGUAAUUUCGUCACUGACCGCCUCCCUGAGGUUUGAUGGUGCUUUGAAUGUGGAUGUUACCGAAUUUCAGACUAACCUGGUGCCAUAUCCUAGAAUUCACUUUAUGCUGUCAUCAUAUGCACCUGUCAUUUCGGCAGAGAAGGCAUACCAUGAACAACUAUCAGUUUCUGAGAUCACAAACACAGCAUUUGAGCCAUCGUCUAUGAUGGCCAAGUGCGAUCCACGCCAUGGCAAAUAUAUGGCUUGCUGUUUGAUGUACAGAGGUGAUGUAGUUCCUAAGGAUGUCAAUGCAGCUGUGGCAACAAUUAAGACAAAGCGCACCAUCCAAUUUGUUGAUUGGUGCCCCACUGGAUUUAAAUGCGGUAUCAACUAUCAGCCUCCAACUGUUGUUCCUGGGGGUGAUCUUGCAAAGGUGCAAAGGGCUGCGUGCAUGAUUUCAAACUCAACUAGUGUUGCUGAGGUUUUCUCGCGCAUUGACCACAAGUUUGAUCUUAUGUAUGCCAAGAGGGCAUUUGUGCACUGGUACGUCGGGGAGGGGAUGGAAGAAGGUGAAUUCUCUGAGGCUCGAGAGGAUCUCGCCGCCUUAGAGAAGGAUUAUGAGGAGGUCGGUGCAGAGGCCGCAGAAGAUGAGGAAGGUGACGAGGGAGAUGAGUAUUAAUUUUGCCCUACUAUCCCGAAGCUUUUUUUAUUUCCCAUUAACUUUAUGUGGUGCUUACUUGCACUUUCGUUGUCAGUUCUCCAUAAUACGUAGGACCUUGUAUGUUUGUUCCAUUAGGGUGGAGCACACACUAAACUAUGAUGAUAUUUCUCGUCUUGUCACCGAAGUUGGGAGCUCUAUGUUAUGAACCGGGGAAUGAAAUUGAUGAUUUUCUCCA